UAUUUUAACUGUUGCAUUAUUCAUUAGUCUAAACAAACAUUCCUUUUUUGGUCCACACUUUGCAUAUUUGGACCAGUUUAUCUGAAUUAACAAUAUUAUGUUCUGUCGUUAAUGUAUUUCGUGUCUUCAUUUCAUCCUUUUUGUGUGAUAUCAACUUUGAUUAAUUUAAAUUUUGGUUACUCUAAAGUUCUUUCAUUAUGGAAAUAUUGCUGUUUUCUCAUGCCUGUGACUCUCGAUCAUGUUCUGGAAAAACUCUGUUUUUGUCACUCAGUUUCCAUCUCUUUUCCUUAAAUGGGUCGUGUACUUAGUUUGUCCUUUUAAUUUAAUCAAUUCAAGAUUGGCGGGUGACGACUAAUAGAAGCUAACUGGUGUAGGCAUGUGUGAAGCAUGAUUUGCCUUUAAAGAUUCAAAGUUUGUAUGUUGAUUGUAAUGAAAUCCCAUUUCUCAAACUUAUUUCUGUUAUUAUCAAGUUAACUGGUUUUUGCACGUUUUUGUUCAUCCAUUUGUCGUCAUCUAAAGAUUGAUUUGUCAAAAUGUCCAAUCAUUUGAAUAUCAUUGUUGAAUUUAAAGGUGGAAUGGAGCUAUUAUUUGAUAACGUUACCAAGAAAGAGUUGUCUUUGCCUGUGAAUAGUGGUGAGGAUGGAUCAGCUCCGGUAGAGUGGACAAUCAAAGAUUUGAUCAAUCAUUUGAAAGAAAAACAUUUAAAAGAACGACCUGAACUGUUUGUUAACGAUGAUUCUAUUCGUCCGGGAGUUCUUAUUUUGGUUAACGAUGUUGAUUGGGAAAUAUUAGGAGAAAAUGAGUACAAAUUAGCUGAUGGUGAUAAAGUACUCUUUAUUUCGACUUUACAUGGUGGUUAAAUUGUUAUGUUGAUAAUUACGUGAACAUGAUGAUUUUUAUUUACACUAUUGCAACAUCAUUGUGAAUCCAAUUAAAGGUUAAUACGAGAAAAGGUUCUUUUUUAAAGAUAAAAUGAACAAACUGAAUUAAAAUUGAAAACAAAAAUUAACUGAA